GUGGGGAACCAACUCAAGAAAUAUUUACAUUAAUCUUUUUAUUUCUAAAAUAGAAAUUAUAGAUACUUUUCUUUUAUAUACUUAAGCAUAUUUUGCAUAACCAUACAACAAAGCCCAAAACGCAUCGUUUUAUUCAAUCCCUUGUUUCGUUCUUGUUUCUUUUUCUUCAUCGUUCUGUGCCUCCUCAUAUUUUUUUAUUCCUAUAAUAAAAUAAAAAAACACCGAAUUUUUUAUUUUAUUUUUUCAAAAAUAGACUCAUAUCACUGCACAAAACCUUCUUUCUUGAUUCUAUAAUCGCAUUGUAGCGCGUGAAUAUCACUCACCCGUUCUUCACAAAUUCGAAUUGCACACUCUAUCUUUGAAAUUCCAAUCCAAAAACCCAACCAUAUCGCUGUUUACACUUCUGAAAACUCAAUCCUAUCCAUGGCACUUAUGAAUGUGUGAUGGAUUCUCAGGGUUUCAGUUUUGCAGAGGAGAGUUUUGAAGUGUUAUUGGAAACUGCUUCUCUGGUUCAAUCUUUCAUUCAUUGAUGAGGGAUAUGGCUUUGCAGAAGUAUGCUCCUUCUGGCGAUGCACCUACUGUUAAUCUGAAACAUUUGAGUUUCUCUAGUAAGGUCCCUGAGAAAACUCAGUCUGAUGUGGCAAAUCAGAAUCAUGAGAUGGAUGUGGAUGUUGACCUUGGGGAAGUUUAUUUUCUCAUUAUGCACUUCCUUUCUGGCGGGCCAUGUCAAAAAACUUAUUUACAGUUUAAGAAUGAGCUUCUGGAGAAUCAACUAUUGCCUAGAAGAUAUCAUGCUUGGUAUUCAAGGAGUGGGGCAUGCAGUGGUGUUAUACAAGAUGAUGGUCAAUCAUUCCCUUUAGGUUACAAUAAGUUGGUGGAGAGGUAUCCUCAUAUUGAAAAGGAUCACUUGGUAAAGCUUUUGAAGCAAUUGUUAUUAAACAAAGCCUCCUUGUCACCAGGCUUGAGUACUGGAAAUGCUCCAAAUGCAGCUGAUGUACCCACUCUUCUGGGAACGGGAUCAUUUUCACUUCUGAGCUAUGACAGGGAGAAAGUGAAUGAAGAAGUCAAACCGCCACCUCCUUAUAUGCGCUGGCCUCAUAUGAAAGCAAAUCAGGUUCACGGGCUUGGUUUGAGGGAAAUCGGGGGCGGUUUUCCAAGACAUCACCGUGCACCAUCUAUACGUGCUGCAUGCUAUGCCAUUGCAAAACCUUCUACUAUGGUGCAGAAGAUGCAAAAUAUCAAGAGAGUUAGAGGACACCGUAAUGCUGUUUAUUGUGCUAUAUUAGAUCGGUCUGGAAGAUAUGUUAUUACUGGUUCAGAUGACCGACUUGUUAAAAUUUGGUCAAUGGAAACUGCAUAUAGUUUGGCCAGUUGCCGUGGACACGAUGGUGACAUUACUGACUUGGCUGUGAGCUCAAACAAUGCUGCAGUUGCUUCCUCAUCAAAUGACUGCAUUAUUCGAGUUUGGCGCUUGCCAGAUGGCUUACCAAUAUCAGUUUUGCGGGGGCAUUCUGGAGCUGUUACAGCCAUAGCCUUUAGUCCCCGGCCUAAUGCUGUUUACCAGCUUUUAUCUUCCUCUGACGAUGGAACUUGUAGGAUAUGGGAUGCAAGAAAUACCCAGUCAAGUCCAAGAUUAUAUAUUCCAAAGCCUUCUGAUUCUGUUGGAAGGAGCAGCGGCCCAUCCUCAAAUACAAUGCCACAAAGUCAUCAAAUUUUUUGCUGUGCAUAUAAUGCUAAUGGAACUGUCUUCGUCACUGGUAGCUCUGAUAAUCUUGCCAGGGUCUGGAAUGCUUGUAAAGUUAAUACGGAAGAUGCUGACCAACCAAAUCAUGAGAUAGAUGUACUAUCUGGUCAUGAAAAUGAUGUAAACUAUGUGCAAUUUAGUGGAUGUGCUGCAGCAUCUCGAUUUUCCACAACAGAAACUUGGAAGGAGGAUAAUAUUCCCAAAUUUAAGAAUUCCUGGUUGAAUCAUGACAACAUUGUUACCUGCUCUCGUGAUGGUAGUGCCAUUAUAUGGAUUCCAAAAUCACGCAGGUCACAUGGGAAAAUUGGUCGCUGGACUCGGGCAUAUCAUCUCAGAGUUCCACCUCCACCUAUGCCUCCACAACCUCAGAGAGGUGGUCCACGCCAGAGAAUUCUACCAACUCCACGUGGUGUAAAUAUGAUUGUUUGGAGCCUAGACAACCGCUUUGUCCUUGCAGCCAUUAUGGAUUGCAGAAUCUGUGUUUGGAAUGCUUCUGAUGGCAGCUUAGUGCACUCAUUGACUGGGCAUACUGAAUCUACAUAUGUUCUGGAUGUUCAUCCUUUUAAUCCGCGGAUAGCAAUGAGUGCUGGAUAUGAUGGAAGAACUAUUGUAUGGGAUAUAUGGGAAGGUGUGCCUAUCAGGAUAUAUGAAAUAUCACGUUUCAAGUUGGUGGAUGGAAAAUUUUCUCCGGAUGGGACAUCAAUUAUACUAUCUGAUGAUGUUGGUCAACUAUAUAUAUUAAACACUGGUCAAGGUGAAUCCCAGAAAGAUGCCAAAUAUGAUCAGUUCUUUCUUGGUGAUUAUCGGCCUCUCAUUCAAGACACACAUGGUAAUGUACUUGACCAGGAAACUCAGAUGAUUCCUUAUCGACGUAAUAUGCAAGAUUUGCUUUGUGAUUCAGCAAUGAUACCAUACCCGGAACCUUAUCAGAGUGAAUUUCAGCGUAGACGACUUGGAGCUUUCGGCCAGGAAUGGCGCCCGUCAUCGCUAAAGUUUGCUGUUGGCCCUGAUUUCAGUCUGGACCCAGAGUAUCAUAUGGUUCCAUUGGCUGACUUGGACAUGCUUAUAGAACCACCACCAGAGUUUAUAGAUGUUAUGGAUUGGGAGCCAGAAAUUGAUGUGUUUGCUAAUGAUACCGAUUCAGAAUAUAAUUUAACUGAUGAUAGUUCUUCCCGGGGUGAGAAAGGAUGUUCAAGCUCCAAUGCCUCUGGUGAUCCUAGUUGCAGCACAGAUAACAGUGACAAUGAGGACAUUCACAUGGAUUCCAUUCGUAGAUCGAAGAGGAAAAAACAGAAGACUGGAAUUGAUAUUACGACUUCUUCUGGGAGACGUGUUAAAAGGAGGAAUUUGGAUGAGUGUGAUGGCAAUGUUCACAGUAGUAGCCGAAGUAGGAAGGGUAAAGGUGGACAAAAAUCAUCACGGAGGAAAUCUUCUAAAUCAAAAUCUUCCAGACCUCAAAGAGCUGCUGCACGCAAUGCUCUGAAUCUAUUCUCAAAAAUUACAGGUGGACCAAUUGAAGAAGAAGAAGAAGAAGAAGAUAGUUUGGUUGGUGAUUCUUCAGAUAGUGACUCAACAUUGCAAGAGUCUAAUAUAGACAGUGAAGAAUCUGGUAGAGCUUCCCAAAAUGACCAACGGAAUAAUUCCAAGGGAAAGGAAGUGUUACUGUAUGAAUCAGAGGACACAAAAUCUCAUGAAUUGACCGAGAGUCAUGUAAACAGAAGGAGGUUGGUCCUCAAAUUGCCAAUUCGGGGUUCAUCUAAACCCGCACAUGAGUUUGAGAACCAGGCUGGGUUGGUUGGCUCAUCGUCAAAAACUGCUCAAGAAUCCCAUGAUUUUAAUGGGAACAACAGACCAAGUUCUACAGAGCAAGGAUAUCGUUUUGGCAAUGGAAGUUACUCUUCAAUUGAAAGAAAAGAUCAAGUAAAUGUAGACUUACUAGAGAAAAUUAGAUGGGGGGAGGUUAGGGCUCGUUCAUCUAAACCUCUCAGAGUGAGAGAAGCUGUGCAACAAGUUGCAAAUCCCAACUCUUUGAAAUGUCCUAACCAUCUCAAUGAAAAUGAAAAUGUCAGUACUGGGCAAGAGAAAGAGGACAAGGACUUCACUAGUACAUCAACCCCUGCUUUAGAAAUCCAAAAUGAUGAUAAGGUAGAUAGUUUGACAGAAAUAAAUGAAAAUUGUGCUGGUACUACCUCUCAGCCAUUUAAUACUACUGGGAAUGGUGAACCAGUCGCAGCUUCCAGCAAUUACAGGGAUCAAGAUGAAUCACUAGUUUCUGCAGGCAUGACUCUGCAGGAUACUAUUCUUGUAUCUGUCGGCCAUAGUGGUGUUGACCAACUACCUGAACCAAAUAUUGGUUUUCCUUCUGUUUCAACAAAGCUGAGGUCUAAAAGGGGUACGAGGAAUCCUGAAAGUCCAUGUAAGCAUGAAACAAAAUCAUCAGUGCUAAAGAAUAUUGCAUCUAGCUGCAAUGCUGAUAAUAAUUUGAACAAUGAAGAGCAUUUGGUUGUGGUUAAGGAUGAGAACAAUACUAGACUAACAUCUAAUCAGAGAGAAAAUGAUUCUCAAGAAGUUGAUGCUCAGGUUAAACAAGUUACUACUUCACAUGAUUCACUAGAACCACAUUCAAAUAGAGAUAAAAUGUUCAAAGCUGUUUAUAGAAGAUCAAGAUCACAUAGGGCAGUGGCUAAUUUAGCUGAUGGUAGUGGCAUGGGAGAAUCCACUUCAAAUGGGAGCAACAGUAAUCUUAAUGUGGCAGUGGACAGUAAUGGCACAAAUGAAGCUCUUCAUACCAAUGGUUCCCUAGAGUUGGAACUAGGUACUCGUGUCCCAAAUAAUGAGCAGAGUAAUCUUAGAGUGCAACAAAGAAAUGGAUCUUGUAUGGUUAGAAUUCCUCAGAAUGUUUCCCCAAAUAAAGGAAAGCUCACAGAAGAAAGGGGUUCUAAUUCAAAUUUGACUGUUGGUUUGAGGUCCACUAGGAAUCGGAGGUCUACUUAUAAUAUCCGUGAUACUAGUCCUGUAAAUAGAAGGAAAUCACUACAAUCAACUUUGAAGGGAUCCUGGUUGCUGUUAUCCACACAUGAGGAAGGAUGUAGAUAUAUUCCUCAACAGGGUGAUGAAGUGGUGUAUUUAAGACAGGGACACCAGGAAUAUAUAGAUUAUAGCCAUAAAAGAGAAUCGGGGCCUUGGGUGUCACUUAAGGGACAUCUAAGAGCUGUAGAAUAUUGUAGAGUUCAAAGCCUUGAGUAUUCUCAUGUUCCAGGGUCGGGUGAUAGCUGCUGCAAAAUGACCCUCCAGUUUGUAGAUUCAAAUUCAAGUGUUGUUGGCAAAACUUUUAAAUUAACCCUACCUGAAGUGACCAGUUUCCCUGAUUUUCUUGUUGAAAGAACUAGAUUUGAUGCUGCUAUCCAAAGAAAUUGGACACGCAGGGAUAAAUGCAGGGUUUGGUGGAAGAAUGAGGAUAAUUCCUCUGGUAAUUGGUGGGAGGGUCGAAUUCAGUUUGUGAAAGCCAAAUCUUCUGAAUUUCCAGACAGUCCAUGGGAGAGAUAUAGUGUUCGGUACAAGAGUGACCUCUCUGAUGAACAUUUGCAUAGUCCUUGGGAGCUUUUUGACGCUGAUACUCAAUGGGAACAGCCACAUAUUGAUGAUCACGCAAGAAAUAAACUGCUAUCUGCUCUCGCCAAAUUACAGCAGUCAGGCAACACCCUUCAGGACCGUUAUGGACUGCAUGAACUGACGAAAAUUUCAAAUAAGUCAAAAUUUACGAACAGAUUUCCUGUUCCUCUGUCUAUUGAAUUGAUGGAAUCAAGGUUGGAGAAUAAUUACUACCGAAGUUUGGAGGCACUGAAGCACGAUGCCUCAAUUCUACUGUCCAAUGCCACCUCGUUUUUUGAAAAGGAUGCCGAGAUGACUACCAAAAUUAAACGCCUAUCAGACUGGUUCACUCGGACAUUAUCAUCUUUAUAGCUCUUUGCUUCCUUAGGACAUGGGCCAUAAAAAGAUUAAGGCAGCCCAAGCUGCUAUUUUUCCCCCCAUAAUUUUAUUUUUCUGUAGAUAGAUUCUUUAUGUACUUUUUGGAUUAGUUUUUUUAUCUUGUUUAGUGAAUUAGAUUCUGAGGUUAGAGAUAGCAAUAUCGGGAUAAAGUAGCAUUUUUGCUGUGGAAAAUUCUGCAGCUUCAUUAUUUGUACAGGGCACCUUAUUGAUAGCAAAUGCGAAAUUCACAUUCA